AGGGGAAAAUUGAAGUUUUUUCAAGUUCUGCUUGCAUGGUGCUAGAGCUCUAGCACAACUAUAGUAGCUAUUUGACAACUUUUAUUAUUUAAACAGAAUGUACGUAGUUAUAUUUGUCAUGCGUGACCCAAUCUUUAUUAAUAAAUUAUUGAGGUGUGAUGCAAAUGAUAGAUAGGGUGUGUGGCGCCAACCUUCUGGGAUUACUUAUUUCUAAAGUGAUGCUUUUGCAUUCCUGUCCAUUGCCUUUCUUUUGUGUGAUGAAAUUAAAGUUGAGUUCUGGAAACAAGUCAACAACUAAAAUUCAUGGUUUUACAAAAGGCUUUGGAGGUGUGGGACCUACAAGUCAUUCCUCUUGAUUCUCCAGUUGCCGAACCGGCCCAGGUUGAUCCUGAGCUGGAAAAUGCCUUCAUUUGUCAUUUGCAAGAUCAUUGGUUUUGUAUCCGCAAAGUGAAUGGAGAGUGGUAUAACUUUGACAGUCUCUACGCAGCUCCACAGCACCUUUCCAAGUUUUACCUUGCAGCCUAUCUCGACUCUUUGAAAGGCUCUGGAUGGAGCAUAUUCCUGGUGAGAGGAAAUUUUCCAAAAGAGUUUCCCAUCUCUUCGGCUGAAGCUUCCAACGGUUUCGGCCAGUGGCUUUUACCUGAAGAUGCUGAGAGAAUAACUAAAUCUUGUAACUCAGUACAGCAGGCUCCACAACAAGAAAGAGUUGAGGAAAGGCAACACUAUUCGAAUCAGUUUCUUUCACGCGAGGAAGCUGAACUGUUUUCGGACAUGGAAGAUGAGGAUCUAAAGGCGGCUAUAGCAGCUAGUCUGAUGGAUUCUACCCCCAUUGUGACCAAUAUUGCUGAAGCUAGUAAUCCUCAAAAUAAUGACAAGCAAAAGAGUAUACAAGUGGAAACCAUUGAAGAAGCUAGUAUACCUCCCAGUGAUAAAAACAAUCAACAAGAUGCGUCUUCUUUAGGCGGUGAUAACUCUCAAAGGGAAAACCAGAAUAAAGAGAAGAACACUCUCUGAGUUGAGAGUAGUGUGGUUUUAUUUGCACCUGGUUUGUUUUUGCAAUUGAGGACAAUAAUCUAUGUCGGUUUAGUUGGUUAAAACAUACAUCAGUGGCUUGAAGUCAUGGUACUGUGCAGUAUACACAUUCUCACAUGGAUUGCAUGAUUUAUUUUAUACUGUAAGGAAAACCCUUCAACAUGUUAAUCUGAUUAUGAUAUUAUCAACUCUUGACAAUGUUUUUUAAAACCCUUGAUCAUUUCCA